AUGUCGUCGAACCAGUUCACAAGCUCCUCCUAUGCGCCGGGGAACCCGGCCGCUGUAUCCCCCACCGCGCAGCGGCCCAACUCCGUAUCCGUCCAGGGAUUCAGGAUCUCCACUCAGAAACGACCGAUAUUGAAAGCCGAACCGAUUGAAGAAAUGACCAAGAAGCUAGGCAUUGCGCCUCCAGAAAUGAUAUUUGGUGACAACUACGUGACGAUCGAGCAUGAAAAGUCGAAAUGGGGCAUUACGUUCAAUGCAUUCGAUGCGCUGGAUCGCGUCGAUAAGACGGGGUCCUCCAUGCUAAAGGUCGCCUAUUCGAAGGAAUGGCAACAGAGCAGAGAGAAGACACACGAAGGUAUCAAAGAAGUCGUCAAACCAUUCGAUUGGUCGUACAGCACAGAUUACAAGGGCACGCUUGCUCCAGACAGUCCGCCAUUUGUAGAAACAACAAAACAGAUUCCGAUUGAACUGUUGAAGCGCCCAGACCCUAUAUUGUUCUUCGAUGAGGUCAUCUUAUAUGAGGACGAACUCGCCGACAAUGGCAUUACGAUGCUGUCAUGCAAGAUCCGCGUCAUGCCUUCCAGGCUACUUCUACUUUUGCGAUUCUUCAUGAGAUUAGACAAUGUCCUAUUUCGACUGCGGGACACGAGAGUCUACGUCGAUUUUGAGCAGCAAGAGGUCAUUCGAGAGUAUCAGUCCAAAGAAGGCGAGUACGAGGCAGUCCGAAAGGUAACCGACGGUUCCGUGUACCCCCGCACUCUCCAAGACGCGCUAAUCACAUUUGAAGGCACUGGCUACGGCCCGCGAAGACGCUCCUGCAGUUAUGAGGGACCCCAACCGCAUCUCGGAGCUUCUCCCUUUGUUGAAAAGGGACAUUGA